GUGAAUUUGAAGUAAUAGUCUUUGAAUUUUAAAUCUUUUAUAUGCAUUUUGGUCUUUUGUCUGGCAAUGUAAAAGCUAAAUUAAUGGAUGAUUUUAAAAAAAAAUAAUCAAAAGAUUAGACAAUAUAAAUGCAGCUCCAAUUCCUCCUUUCUUUCUGGCCUUUCUAUCCAGGGAGAAAGCGUCAUGUCUGAGGUUUACCUGUGAUGAAUCAGUCUUAUCAUUGAUUUGGUUAAAGCAGUUUGUCUACUUUCUGUCAUGUUGUCCUGACAUUCGUUGUGCCAUCCUUCUCUUGACAUGAAAACUGGUGCCUGUGACCAUGUCUCUAAAUCAAGUGUAUGUUGUGAUCUGUAUUGCAACUAACUCAGCUUCACAUAAAGUCCAGUGUAUUAGAGAGAGAAUUUAGUUUGUGUUCCAAGUGGUUAGCGAUGCUUUGGGAGUUCACUGGGUAACGUGUUCAAGUCGGUUAAAUGUACAUAUCAAGAUGUGAGGCGGGCCUUGUUAUCAUUCAAACGUUUACAAGCUUCCUGUCAUCACAUAGAUGUGAUCUCAGCCCAAAGGUAUUUGAACAACAUUUGGAAGCAGUGUAAUAUGCAAAGUGUGUGCUCAGUUUGCCCCCAUGUCUUGUCUUGGCAGCGUGAACACCAGUCACUCGCAGUCAGCCACUGAACUGGUUACUGGCUGUAGAUUAAUGACAGAAAAGCAUGCACAGACAAGACAAACGAGUCAGUUUGUUUUCAGAUUCUCAACCUGUAAUCCUCUACAGGUUUAUAAAGGCUGCUGUUAUGCUGUCUAUACAUUCAGAUCUCCCUGACAGCUUAAGGGCGUGUGCUGAGGGCCUACAUUGAGUCAUCCGAAUGCUUCAGUAAUAACCCACCUGUGAAUAUCAGCAUGAAUUGUAUCACUGAAUGCCACUGUCAUUCUCACACCACAAGUUUUCCUGCCAUUACAGAAGUGGGAAGCAGCGUGGCUUGGCUGGCUUUCAGCUGUUCCUGUGCCAAAAACUACAUUUCUGAAGGGCCUGUGCAGCACGUGGGGCUUUAACUUUGUUAUCCUGCCAAAAAAUGCAGAAAAAAAAACUCACAAGUUACUUCACUGCUUGGGCUGGAGCCAUGGGGGAAUCCCAGCAGGGCUGACGGUGACGCAGCCGGAGAGUGAAGUAAGGAAGGGUCUUAGGUUUUGGGAUGCCCUACAGUUUCUCAACAAGGCUGUUGUAGGUUCUGUGUAUUCAGUCAGCAGCUGACGCUGUGCCAGCCACCGUGAUCUAUCCUAGUACUUUUCUGCCUGGAUACCAGCACACAGCUGCAACAUGUUGACAUGUCCGUGAAACCCGAAGCAUUUGUCUUUCAUAUUUGCGUCCGCUGGUUCCUGGCAGCCUUCCCAAGCAAUCAAGAGCUCAUCUAAUCAGAUUCCUGACAAUAGAUAUACACAUAGUUAAUGAGCAGACAGAGCAGCCUUUAUGGUUUUAUUAGGCCGGGCACCUGCACGUGAACCAACAACCACAGAUUAAGCACAGUGGCAAUUUUAUGUUCUGGAUGUCUCCGCGUACAAUUCACAGAGCGCUUUAUGUAAGAUUUCCACUCGUCUGUCGCCUCUCUGCAGACAAAAGACAUGAUUGUUAAAGAUCACAAUGCAAUGACAUGACCACACAUUUACAAUAUAAACCAACAAGUUAAUCCAGUUUGGGACAUUCGUGCCAUUCAAUGAAAAUUCGACCCCUCCCCUUCCCAUCACCCCCACCCACCUCCUGCACUAGAGGAACUGUCAUCACACCAUCGUUCUAGAGUUACAAUAGCAAAUUCAUUGAGCUCUGCAAGCAGCGACACGACCCAGCCCCCUGAAUCCUCACUGUUUAUGGCAUAGUUGUGUUAAACACGGGUAUUUGACUCGGUAGGCUGUUUCUGGAUGUCACAUUAAAAUGAAAAUAGUAAAUAGUUAAUGCAAAAAUGUUAAUGUUGGGGGAGUUAUAGUUAUUUAAGUUACAAGUGCAUUUUAAGAAAUGCGUUUCUCCUGUUGAGCCAUAGUUGGUUUUCUGGUAAAAACUGACUUAUUACAUAAUAUGAAACUAUGGAAUUGAGUAAUAAAGGAAUGGAUAGAAAUGUACAUGUUCAAGUAAUGUACUUGAUAAGUGUUGCAAUGCAUUCCAGUCCAAAAGCCAUGAACGACUUCUUCAUUGUGGAGCAACAUAAGUCACGAUUGUGUCUAUUUGGUUUUGAUUGAACUUUGUCUUGAGCUCCACAAAAGGAACAAAUACAUGCAAGUCAAAAAUUAUAAGGAAACCUGACAUCAAGGGUCGUUGUUUUACUUGGGUAGUGACUGUGUUUAGCUGUUUCUCAACCAGAGCUGUCAUCAGUUAUGUUUGCUGUCAUAAUACUGCAGUCUCCACGUGAAUCCACAGGCAGGGCUGUUACAUGGCGAGGUCAAUAUCCACCAGUGGACAUGAAGGAGUGCAAACAUUUCAGCAGAAUCAGCAGAGACUUUGUUUUCUUCUUUUAUUUGAACUAUUCGUCUGAUGACUGUCCCUGUGAGAAGACAUCCAUGUAGCAGAGUUUAAAGGUUUUUUGGUAUAAUACAUCUAAUAUAUAAGUUUGAUUAUUUUCAGCCCACAUAGGAAUGUUUAGAGCACCCUUUUCAGUCAAGACAUCAAGAAUGAUUAAGUGUCAUAUCUGUUUCAUUCCCCGUCGCCCUGUUUUCAGAGUGGAAAAUCCCCAGAGGCAUUGAUCAUCAUGGGCCAGCAGCGCUGUCUGAAUCUCCAAUAUAUCAAUAUUUAACUGAAAUAUAUUCAACUCUGCUUGGUGUUGCUUGCUAGUAAUGCUGUUGAAUGAGGGAAUAAGAAAAGAUGAGAUUGAACUUUAUUAAUCCCAAAGGACAUGUUUGUGCCAGAUCUGGCUCCAAAGUUACAAUAGUAAGUAUGGAAAUUUCAAAUGUAAUCAGGAGUAAGAGAGGACCAGUACCUAAAUAUAUAACAAUACAAAUAAGAUAAGUCUAAAAACAACAUAAGAAUAUCGGAAUAGAAAAAAAUAGUACUGGAAAUGACAAAUGAAAAGUAAGAUUGAGCUUUAUCUAAUAUUACACUGUUUAAAACACUUCAAGUAAAAGCAUUGACCAAAUAAAUACAUGCAAGAUGCACAACUACUAGGAAAAAGACUUUUGCUUGCUUUCAUUUGAUUAUUUUCACAAUAAAAUAAACUCAUAAAUCCAGAUAUUUUAUACCACAUAGCAGAUCGUACAUGUAUCCGCCUCUCUGUCCGGCGGGUGAGUCCUGUGGGUUGAUAGAUAACCACAGGUUUCACUGCUGAUAAGUAGAUCACUGGAUUAUUUUUGCUAUAUACCCACUUAAUUUAUGGCAUAGCUGGGGCUAAUCAGAUUUGGUUCGCUGCAUUUCUCCGGCUCACUGGAAGAGGUCAGUGGAAAGUGCGUGACCAGCCUGUGCGACACUUCCUCAAUGAUCUUGUUGUUGGUGCAGCGGGGCUCAAUGGAGCCUGUGUUAUUGCCUCGCGAGGUAAUAGUGCAAGGAAUGUGAGAGAGGGACUCUUAAUCAAGACCAGCACCACUGAAUUUUUGUUUUAUCCCUUUUUCUCUCCUUUUUUAUGGAGAAAGCAUCAUGAAUGGCAACUGUUUCAUUUCUCUGUUCACAAUUACUCUUUCACUUCAAUACUAAAUGAAAAACUGUGUCGACAUGAUGAGAUGAGUGCUGUAAACAAACAAAGCUUUUAAAGGGACAUGUUCUUUAUCAUGACAUUAGGUCAAAUGAAAUAUAAUUUAAAAAUGAAAUUAGGUUUUUAUUUAAUUCAUUACUCAAUUAAAAUGUUACGACAUGAUGAUUAAGAUAGUUGAAUUCAUUUAUUAUUUAUUCACUAUCCAGAAAGUGGACAUACUAUUUAUUCUCCUAUUUAUUUAUUCUAAGAUUUAGAAGCUCACCUUUCUGAUUUUGGCUGCACCCUCCAAGCUUUUUAAUUGAAGCCCAAAAAAUUUGACUGUAGCUUCUUCCUGGUUCUUAUCUCAUACCUUGAAAGCCGUGCAGUUUGCUUGUUUAUGUAAAUGUAUGUCCUGCUGCCAUUUACAAACAUAGGUAAACACAUGUAAACAGAAAUGGACUGACAGUUUGAAUUAGGAGAGGUGUGGUUGUGUGUCGUAAGCAUCUUUUAUGUAUUCACGUUAUUUCUAGGGAGUAAAGUACAAACAAAGACUAAAUAAUCUUUAAACAAAGUUUGAUUUGUGCUAUUCAAAUAAGACGGGCUGUCCCACAGUAAACAAUGAUGAUUUACAGCUAUAGAUAAAGGUAACGAAUAACGAAUUGUGAAAGAUAAAUAUAUAAAAAGAUACAAACUUUGUAGUUGUGCUGCAGUAUAGUAUAUGUCCAGGAAUGCUGGUAUAGAUAGCAUCAUCAAAAAGCCAGUUUUCCUGUAAAAGCCCGUUGAUACAUGGUACAUGACCAGACACGGUAAUGAUACGAUAAAGCCCAACAACAGGCUUCUGUCAACCCGUAAACUGCACACGUUCAAGCUGGUAUAAAUAGAAAACUCCAGUAGACACGUUGGUUGCACACAGUCUUUUAUUUAAAACAAGUGUAGCAUGAGCAUCAUGGUGAUGUGAUAAAGAAAACGCAGCACAGAGACUCCAACCUGCAUUGUCAGAAAACCAAGUGCCACCCACUAUGAUUUAUAUGUGGUCUUUAGGAGAGUGAGCACUAACAAAGAGAAAAACAUAAAUCUUGUGACUUUAAGAAUCUAGUUCUCUGUGAAUUUCCAGUCAUGCAGAACAGACAGACCUUUUUGAUUUUAAUAGCCAGUUUCAAGUCUCACAAGACCUCACCCAGUUCAUCUCGAAACCACUCGGCUUUAUCAGGCAAGAGAUGGUUUGUAUUUUUAAGACUUUGAAUUAAAAAGCCAGAUGUGUAUCUGUGCUGAUGUUGGUACAUGAGAAUAAAACCACCUACUGAGGAAAAACCCUGGUGAAUUUAACCUUUUUUCAUGAAAUAUCAAAACUAUCUUCUUUACACACUUGUCGGAAAUGCCAUGUGUGAGUUACACCAGCAGUUAUCUGAAAGAAGAAAAUGGAAUCCCAUAUUUUUGUGGUGUGAGAAUGCUUUGAUGCUUUCACCAGAGUACAUUAUCAGUAUGUAUGUAUAUAUGUUCAUGUAUGUGGGGCAGGUCCCUUUAUCUAGUUGGAAUUAGACCCUUGGCUCUUGUUGUUAUCACUCCGUCGUGUUUGCUCAGACCUUGUAGUCUUCCACCUCACAAAUGUGGGUUUAAAAAAAAAAAGAAAGAGGAUUAACCCGUUAGCUCUCAUCUUUUCUACUUGAUCCCUCAUUCUGCCAACUGUUAAAGUUUCUUUCCCGGCCACUCCUCUCUGACCCCCACAUGGGCGACCGUCACCUAUACCAGCAGGCCAGCCUUCCUUUAGCCAAUUAUGGUGUUAAAUGGGCCCUAAGUGUCUUUACUUUAGCUGUGCAGUUUAAGGGAUUGUCUGUUAUGUUGUGCGAAAUUUAGCUUGUGGCAAUUACUCCUUCACCCUGAGCUCACAGUGUACACAGCAAAUUCUGUGUACUCACACAUUCGUUUUUUUAAAUGCAAAUUUAAGUCUAGAGUUGUGACAAUAGACCGGGAGGGAAAAUAUGAAUGUGAGGGUGUGAAAGAAAAGACAAUAAAAGAAGACAGCAAACCGAUGAACAGGCAGUGUCUAGGUGGAGCAGUUAACGGCAGGCAGAUAAGGGACACAUUUAAUCAAACUCUGCUUCGAAGUAGCUACGUUUUUGUUUUGCAUGAAAAAUGGUCUCUGAAACAGACCAUUGACAGAAAAUCAGCAUACGUCAGCCACCGCGCAAAGAUUUACAUUUGUCCUUUGGUCAAUUGCAAAUGCAAGAUGCAGAAGUCAUAUUGAUCCGGAGACGGCCUACAUUCAGAAAACCUUCAUAAAGCUCUGAAUGUGGAGGAAAUCAUUAGUUAGUUUGCUAAAUCUUCCCUGACCUUUACUGCAGCUAUACAUAGCAUAGUAUAGUUUUAACAGCAUUUUUGAGACUGGAAGAAAAAGGGGGGGUGGCACACAUGCUGUGAAACCUGUUUACUCCUUGGUCAUAAAGCAACUUCCUCUCAGAAUUCGUCAGCCAUGCAGCAGUUUGAGAAUAAAGCAGGACUUCCAUAAAACAGCUGGUCACUGUCCCGAGGGGUCAAUGUAAAGAAAUGUCCAGAAAAUGUACGGACGUGGUUUUCCCCACCACUGCUGCAGUGUAAAUGCGACCCAGCAGGGUUUUUUUAGGGGAUUUGGCCCUUUCCCUCUUGAGAGUGCUCGGUUUCACAGAGAGUUGUGUUUAAGAUAUUAAAGGCCUUAUCACUUUGGCCAUGGUCUGGUUAAAUGUAAUGUGUAAGAACGAGAUACCAAAGGCAACCACCAGCCAAUCUGCAGAGUAGAGUUCCAAUCAGAAAGGGUUAACGCAGAGCUCUACCGGCUUCCUAAAGAACUGUUUGUACCCUAGAACAUUGUAUAAGUCAAUAUUUCGCUUAAAAGAUAAAGUUCUAUACCUAUAACUGGUUCUUUAACAUUCAGAUCCCUGAGUUAUUCUCUGAGAAAUCGAUGAAAAUGUCAAGAACAUCCUGUCUCACAAUCUUAAAGUAAAUGGCUCUUCCCUGACUUAUUCUGUAUCCUUUGGCCUAGUGUCAUGGUAAUCCGUUCAGUAGUUAAUGCUUAAUCCUGGUAAUUAACAGGCAAACAAACAAACACAGACAGAAAAAAACCUUACACACAUGUUACAACAUGUGUCACCAGUAAGGUGCCACUUAGACUGAGCGAAGAGCGAGAACCAUAAACCAUUUGGUGGCUGCGUUCAUCUGUUGCUUGAAUUUAUUGAGCGCAAGUGUUAAAGGGUGAGAUCAGCUGCUGCAGUGUUUGGUUGGAAGUAAAAAAACAGCAGACGUUUGGGCCACAUGAGACUCAGGCACCCACAGCUGACUAUCCUCCCUGUAAACAUUUGACUCUUCAUUUUAUUGUUGCAUGCCAUGUAUUCAAGUAUUUUUGUCGUCUCAUGAUCAACAUCACAGCCGCAUAAAAAGCUUUCGCAAAACGUGCCUCAUUGUUUGGGGAAGCGGCGAACACAUACAGUGAUGCAAUGUAAUUUGCACCAUCCAACAUGUAGGAAAUCAUGAUGGUUUGUGAAAAAGCACUGGUAUGAAACGAAGUGACCACUUCUCCUUCCCUCUGCACAGGAAUAGUCAUCCGAGCAGCUUUGUUCUGAUGGACACUUCUGUCUUUGAAAUUACAUGUAUGACACAUGGAGGGAGGCGCUGUCUGAUGCCGCAUUGUUUCUCUUUGGCUCACUCUGUUCUCAUGGCUUUUUGACAUGUUGAGUAAUGGAUAGUCUAAAUAAUAGUGUUUAAACAUGCCAACACUGCAUGCACAGGCUGUUCUGACAUGAAUUUGCUGUGUCACUUCAUGCAACUGGAUUGUCAAGAGGUGCCACCAGUAAAUAUUUGUGUCUUUCCACGUAGGACACGACAGGACAAGUUGUCUAAAUCAAACCAGAUUUAAUCCUGCUUACACUGCUGCUAUUCUUCGUCUGACAACUGCUGCUGUUCACUCGUGCCUCUGUCGCAUAUAAAGAAUGUAAUGAAUCAAUAUUGAGUAUCUGUCGGCUGCCUCGCUCUAUCUGCUCCGUCAGUUGUCACUUCCUUCACCCGCUGAAGAAAUACAAGUUUCACAGCUCUUGUUUCCUUGCGCAACAUUUCUCUAACACACAGACGUAGUGUAGGGUGACAGAUGAUUUUUUUUCCCCCUGUCCAUGCUGACGUACAAACUUCUGCAGGAUUACUUUUAUUUCCCGUAACAUUUUGCUUGUCAGCGGUUAUAUCACUGACCAAUAUUUGCCUUUCUUAUAGUUCUCUAUAGUUUUUAAUAGUCAUGGCAGAACUUGGUGCUUUUAAAUACAUUUUAUAGCUGAGGAAUCGGACCAGUUAAGCUACAGUGAGGAGCUGCAGGCUGACUGCAUGUUGGGUAUGUGGCUGAGUAAAGUGACGACUCAAGGCAUUUGUCUUGUUUCUUGUCUUCACACUUUCCAACUGUGUCUACAAUGUCAGCCAUUUUAGAUGAGUUGGGUGAUGAUUCUUAGACAGUUUCUUGCACAAUCUUUUUAAAGUCCUGAUACUUAUGAUGAUGUCAGGUUAUGAUGAAGUAUUUUGUUAUUUGUGAAACCUUGACUCGAGUAUAACUUAACAAGAUGCUUCAUUCCUUAUUUCAAUACUGGUGACAAGUUGAUUGUCUGAUAUUCACCCUAAAAUUCGGACUUUAUUUUCCUAAUAUUACGAAAUCUCCGAAUUUCAAAGUUGACCGACUCAAGUUGAAAAAACCCAAGUAAAACCAGCAAAUAUUCCCAUUUCCCUUAAAAAGUAACUCAUGCGAUGGAUUUUUUAACGAGAGAGUCAUUCGUGCAUUCAUCCAGAAUGUACCCAGUGUAAAAGUCCUAUGUAAAACCUAUAGUUUCUGAAAGCAUCAGGGCAGGUAGUGAUUAGCGAGGUCUGUCUAUUCAUGUAUUAGUCAGAGUAGCUGAAUGAGUGGUGGUGCACAGUCACUGCUGCCUCAUGUCAUGACUGCUGCUUCGACAUAUCCAGCACCUGCACUCGAAUUUAGUUUCCCCACGUGCUGUUGACUUGGCUCGCGGCUCUUAUCUCUGCGCGACUGAUCUGAGCCACAACCUCCCCACACUCAUUAAUAGAGAACAGACAUCGAAGCUUAUUUCUGAUAAACCGAGACUGCGCUGCAUACCUGAGCACUUCCAUGGAACAGGUCUUUGUAGUCUGUCAGCGUACUCUCAUACUCCCACCUUCUCUUCCACUGCUUGUGCCUCAUUGAACCCUGUGCGACUCAGCUCGGCCGACAACUUUGGUUUCCCCCUCAGCUGCAGGAAAAACCAUCGAGACAAGCAAGAGGCCUCUGUCUCCAGAAGUGAAGCCUCUCUCUGACUGCAUGUCUCAGAGCUCUGACCGACCCCUGUUCUCCUCCUCCUUCCACGUCUCCACGAGGACCCACAUUUCCACAUAGCCAUAACCUAUAAACCCCCAUCCAGCUGCUAGCUGCUUCAUCGCAGGCGCAGUUGUUGAUUUCGCUGCCUGAGCAGAAGGAUCGACCACUGUCCCACGACUGGCCCCCAACUGGUGCUCCUUCAGUGGGGGAGGGAGGGGAAGGAGAGCAGCUGAACGCUGUGCCGCUUUCCCUGGAGAUGAAGCUGCAGGCCGUCAUGGAGAACCUGCACAGGCAGCAGAGGGCCAAGCUGCUGAUGGAGCAGCAGCUACAGCAGCAAGCUGCUGCUCAACACACUCAGGUGCGCACAGGUGGAGGAGGGAGGGACGAGCCAAUGGGGAGCCCAGCCCCUGAGUCAGAGCAGGCCCAGAUGGCGGCGUUAGCGGCCAUGCGUGCCGUGGCGGCCGGGCUGCAGAGAGUGUCUGACAGCCCCAUGUCGGAGCGCAGCAGCGGCGGCGAGGAUGACGUUGAUGAUGAUGACAAUGACGAAGGGGAGGAACAAUACAAAGAUAUGAUGGGCUCAGAUGAGGAGGAGCAGAUCAAACGGAAAUGGGAUGAGGAGGACUUUGAAGGCGAGAUGGAAGAAGACUUUGACGAUGACCUGGCAGAGGAAAAUCUGCCAACAGGCCAUGAUGCUGUGGCCCCAGGGAAAGGCAUCCUCCUGUUGCCCCACCGCCAGCUCCAUCCCCACUCCCAGGUUCUGAAGGCGCGCCCUAGUGUCGACCAGGAGCCCCGUGUAGCUAUCUUGCCUCCCCAUGCCACGCACAGCCAUCUGGGCGGGCAGGACCACGGAGAAUGGACCUACGAGGAGCAGUUUAGACAGCUGUAUGAACUGGACGGAGACCCAAAGAGAAAGGAGUUCCUGGAUGACCUCUUCAGCUUCAUGCAAAAAAGAGGAACCCCGGUGAAUCGUAUUCCCAUCAUGGCCAAACAGGUCCUGGAUCUGCACAUGCUCUACAGGCUGGUGACAGAGAAGGGCGGCCUGGUGGAGGUCAUCAACAAGAAGCUGUGGAGGGAGAUCACCAAGGGACUCAACCUGCCUACCUCAAUCACCAGUGCAGCCUUCACCCUCCGCACACAAUACAUGAAGUACCUGUACCCGUAUGAAUGUGAUAAGAGGGGUCUGAGCAACCCCAACGAGCUCCAGGCAGCCAUUGACAGCAAUCGGCGGGAGGGCCGACGACAGAGCUUUGGAAGCUCCCUCUUCACCUACUCGCCCAACGGGACGCCCACCAUGCUGUCCUCGCCGAAGCUCCACACAUCCAGUAUGGGCCUGACUCUGGGCACCAACGGCGCCUCGCUGACGCCUAUCCAGAAGAUCAAGAAAGAAGAUGGAGUCCACCUGCUGCCGGGGCUUAGCAUGGCUCGUUUGUCAUCGGGGGCCCUGGCGGGUCACUCGUUGGCUGCUGUGCAGGCAGCGGCAGCCCAGGCAGCAAUGGCUGCUCAGGUGGCUGCUCUGGAGCAGCUGAGGGACAAGCUGGAGGCUGGCGAGCCUCCGGAGAAGAAGAUGGCGCUGCCGCCUGAGGAUCACCACCGACUUCUGCAGAGAGCGCUGCAACACAACCUUCUGGCCAUGACUGCCCAGCUACCCAUGAACAUCCGAAUCAAUAACCAAGAGAGCAGGCAGAACUCAGCCCUGAACCUCACCACCAAUGGCACGAGCAGCAUCAGCAUGUCAGUGGAGCUCAACGGAGUGGUGUACACUGGCGUUCUUUUUGCUCAGGCAGCAGGCUCAGCCUCUUCUGGUGCGUCUGGAUUGUCCGCCACCGGCGCUCGUGUCGGCCCUCAGAACACACCUACCUCAAACUCCAACAGCCUGUUGUCUUAACAAACCCCCACCCCCCCACCCAGCCUUUCCCCUCUACUCUUUUUUAAAAAAUUACCACGCUAAGUAAAGCCAAAAACCAACCUCAUUUUCUACAUCAUCUAUGCCAAAAAAGAGAAGACCCAUACACCGUACAGAAGACACCAACUGAAACUCGGAUCACUUGAAGUACACUAUCUCAGGUUUUCUCUCACAAACUCACUCUUUUGUUCUUCGUAGCCAAAAUAAUUUUGAAAGAAAAUUAUCCCCACUGAGAGUCAGUAUAUGCUUAACAAUGCACAACUUGUGAAUUAUUUAUUUCUGCAUAAAUGUACAGAUUAUCGGAGAACAAAAGAGAAGGUAAUAACCAGGAAGGGCAAUGCACUGUUUACACAUACAAACACAGCUACUGACUGACAGUAAUGUUUGAUCCUCUAGGGGAGAGAUUUUUUUUAUUUUAUUUUAUCUUUUCAUUGUCAAUUAUUAUAAUUAUUGUUAUUCUCUAUUGUGUUUAUCAUUUAAAUCUUUACAAUCCUCUCACUGCAGGAAAAAAAGUAUAUAUAUUUAGAAUUCUAUAAAAAAAAAAAAAUGAAUAUCUUCUAUUUUUAAUCAGAAAAGCUUUAAAGGUAUAUGUUGUUUCUUCAGGGCAUAUAACAAUGUACCGCUGUGACCUCAUUUUGUGUAAAACCUUAUAACCUUAUUCACAUGGCAGCCAGUUUGGAUAUCUAUGUGGAAGAGCGCGUCUGGUGCAGGUCUGCACUCGUGUUGUGUAGAGACACACGUCAUAUCUAUGCCACAGAUUUUUCAGGGAAACGCAAAAUAAGAAACGCCUGGAUCUCAAGAAUCUGCAAGGAUGUUGGUCGACUGUUGAAUAUAUUUGGUCCAUUAUCGAUUGCGACAAAGAGAGUUUCUGCAGUGGCUAGUUAGUGGGAAUGCUACGUGGCUGACAGCCCUUGCUGAAUUCAUGCAGUUGUCGUGUUGUUGCUCUUCCUGAAACAGCACGAUAUAUAACUCCCCGCUCACCUGUUUGUUGACAUAAGGCCAGUUCAAUACAUAUCUAUGCCAAUCAUGCAGGUUUAUUGUCAAGCGGCUGUAUGCAGGUAUAUGUUAAAAGUGGCUGUUUGUACGAAUAAGGUCUGUUGAGCAGGUGGGAAAAUGAACUGAAGCCUUUCGUUACACGCUGGAUCUUCUGAGCCCCGGGCGGCGUCCACACCGACCGUUCCUGGUGCCGUUCAGGGUUCAGACGUUUUUUGUGAAUAUCACGUUUUCCAUUGUUCUCAGGUGAACCUCCCCACCCCCCACCCCACCCCCUUGCUCAUUGCUUUGUAUAAUAUCCCGCAGUCUUCUAUUACACUUGACAGAGUAAUGCUUUUCAAUGUCUUUCCCUGCGGAAAGAUUUGUUUUUAUCUUUUUUAUGAUACUUGGCCUUCUAGUUGAGUGAUUGUCUUAAGGUCAGAUGCAUGCAUGUGUUUGUAGAUAAAAGUCCGUCAGCGUGCAGGAAAAUUCUUGAUUUCCUGUCCAGGAUUUAAAGAAGUUGAGUGUCUGCUUAAUCCCUGUUAUUGUGGAGACACUCACAACGGACAAUCAGGUGUCAGGAGAAACAAUCUGAUCUUCAGGAAAAACUUAUCCUGACAAUUAGUUCAGCUCAUAUCUGAUGUUUUUUUUUUGUUUUUCUUGUAUCAUAGAUUACAAAUGCUUUCGCUUGUUUGUUUCAGCUUUGUGUUUUUGCAUGACUUAGUGCUUAUUCUGAUCCAAGUGCUUCUUAUCCUGUGCUGUGACGAGGGCGGGGUCCUCUGGAGACUGGCUCGCCAUCCAUUAAGGAUAACACAGAGAAUGUCUUGUGAUCCUCGGACAGUUUUUUUGUUGAGAUUUUGCUUAAUUGGGGCUUUUGAUAAUGAAUGAUCAGAGAUAAUCAUAGCUGUGGCUGAGCACUCGCUUGUGUCUUAGUGUUUGCAUAAACACUCUCUGCAGUUAGAUUUAUAAAAGGUUCAAUCUUCCACCGUGGAGACGCCGCAUCACCUCACCGUGUCUCCACAUUUUGAAGUGGAUCAAUCAUUUAGCUUUUUGAACUUUAACCCGUGUUACUUCACUGGUUUGUUGGCUGUUAAAGAUUGUUACGCAACCCAACCCCCGACCCCCGAUGCAAAGCAGCCUCAUUCCUACCGACGUUAGGAAGUAAAUCAGGCUUUGUACGUGGGUUCUGUUCUGAGGCCUUAACGCAGCAUGAGAUGACCAGAGAGCGAACAGUACCUCCAUCUAAUCAAGUUUUACUGUUACAGUCAAAAAUCACCAGAUGGCUGUCGAGGCUUUGAUUCUGGACGCGGCUCUCGGUGGGAAAUCACCACCAGCUGCUGCACAAACACUGGUCAGUUCUGGAAAGUUCUCUUUAUGCUCAGAUAACCAACAACUCCCAUUCAGAAACCCAGUCAUCAAACACUGGUGUUUAAGUGAAGUGAAAGUUAAGAGAAGAAAAAAAUGAAAAUCUGAGCUUAACUUGUAUUUUACUAAAUGUUUUCCAGAAACAGCUUCUCAUUGGUCGUGUUCCAUCUUAAAGAGACACAGAGCCUCAGCCUCAUAGUGUUUCAGGGCAAGUUUACUUAAGAGACAAAAUAAUGACAGAAAGUUUAAAUACCAAUCAUCAUCAAUUCGUUAUAGAUUCAAAGAUGCAAACAAAACUAUCAUCGACUCACUUACUCACAGACUGGCUCAAUGCAUACCAGCCUGCGCCACCUACAGGCAAGAAAUAUAGCAGCAGCAACAGUUUAGAUGCGCAGAUGGACACUACCUGCAGGCAAAGACUCAACAGCAGCAGUUUGUGUAGCUGCUGUUGUAUUUGUGUGUAGUUUGGACAAUUAUACAACAUGCCAGUUAAAAUAACUUGUGAUCAGAGGCAGAACAUUUCACUCAGGUAGACAAGGAUAAACGUGGAGAAUCAUUGUUUCACACUAACCUUUCAUGUUAAUUAUUUUACCAAUGAACGAGAUCAUGAGACACAGUUGAAAGCUCCAGAAAAACUGUAAAAUUGGACCUUGUGGUGAGAGGAUUCUUCAGCCCCACCACGUGUGUUAAUUAUUAAUUGUGCAGUUAGUUAUUAAUUGUGAAUCCCAUUGAGAUUAACGCAGCCUGAACCGCAGCUCUUAAAGCUGCUGCAGCUUGAACUGCACCUGCAGGUUUGAAACUGCUGCUGCUGCUGUGACUGAACACUGGGCCUGGUUUCAUUUGCUUCACAUCAGUGACACUGUGUGUUCUUCUUCAGAAGACUGAGUUACAGUUACUGCUAAUGAAUGGAAAACCAGCAGGCCAGCCAGACGUCUUGAAGCUAGUUUGAUGUACGAUCAUAUCGACGCCGAGCAGGAAACAGAGAUAAAAGUUUCCUCCUCUCCUACCUCUACAUAUUCUCUCUGGAAAUCAGCCUGAUGCUUAUUCAAAAACAGUGACUCUUUGACAGCAGAGGUUUAUUUUAAACAACAAAAACAUUUUUGGGUAUUUUGCAGAAGUGAAAGUCCAGUUUGUGCAGGGUUACAGCUUUACAUAGUGAUGAUACAAUACCUGGUUCCUUAUUUGUGAACAACUCACACAUCAAUCAGCCCGAAACCAUUUUGCCUUUUAACAUGUGAAUGAUUUUUAUGCAGUUGUGAUUCAUAUGAUGGAGCCUGACGUAAAGACUCACAACCCUGUUAGAAAUAUUGAUAAGACUACUUACAGAGGUCCGUUCUACAAUGAAAAACGUUUCAUUAUUCAAAUAAUCAUGCAGUGUACAUAAAUAUCUUGAAAUGUAAUAAUAUAAUGAAAAACAUAGAAGAUACAAAAGUUUUACUACAGCCCCCCUGUACAUUUGUACUAACCAAGUAGUUUAGUAAAUUAAUAUUUACAAAAGACCUUUUGAAUUUGUGAUUCAAACAUAGUUUAACCAAUGAAAUCACAUGAUUUUUCCCUGAUGAUAAAACAUUUAGCUAUCAUCUUAUUUAUGUUACUCAAAAAACUCAAAACUACAACAUAUGAGUAAAUUAGCCUCUUAUUUUAAUCAUUUUGAUCUAUUUCCCAUGCAGUUCUUCUGUCCCCCUCCAAAAAAAAAAAGUAUAGAUUAGACGAUGUUAUAAUUACUUUGAGAAUGUAAAAUGUCCGAAAAUCAGAUUCAGGUUUUGAACUCAAAUCUGACCAAGUAUUUCGUUAUUGCGUGGAGUCGUCAUAGGGCAGCGUAGUCUCUACAGUAAAGUUGGUGUUUACAUGCUGUGCUAACCUUCAGUCACAGCCUGAACAAACAGAAAGAAGGAAAUUCAGUCACCUCUGUUUAACAGAAGCUGCUGUAAACAGUGUCACAUAUUACAGUAUAAAAGGAUGUGUUCAUUCUUGUUGGUCAGUUUAGUGACUCGCUGAGAGCCCUGCAUUUGUCUCUCUGCCUCUUCCUGAGGAGCAGAUGUCACAUUUGCUUGUAAUGACUGACAAUCACAUAAAGGCCUGUCGUGGCUGCAGAGCUUCAGGUCGGAGGAGAGGGGGGGCUGCUAGAGAAAGCCAAACUUCAAUCAAUCUAAAUCUAAAGGAUCAACAUUUCUUCUUAAGAUUUGACCCCUUGACCCUUUGGCCCCUGAGGCAACACUCAAGCACCUGCCCCCCCACACACACACUUCAGCAGAUCCAUGUUUAUCGUAUAUCUAUUGACCUGUGGGAUAUUUGCAUUUGAAAAGCGGAGGUACUGCAGCUCUCUGUAUGUCUCUCUCUCUCUUUCUCUCUCUCUCUCUGUGUGCUCGGCAGCGUCCUCAGGGGAAGCUGGCAUGUAUUUAAUUGCGUGGUAGCGACAAUCAGGAGAUGCUAUGAAAACACAGUUUACCUCCAAACACUUUGACAUCCCUUCAAACACAAUCACGCCCCAUUUCUACCUCAAAGACGAAAAAGCUUUGGCAGAUUUCUCUGCACCAGCCGCAACAGAGGAUCCUGUUGAGGGCUGUGUUCACACAAGGAAACGAAUCCAGAUGUAGUUGAUGCAGAAGAGACCGCAGACAAUCACCUUUUAAUCGAAGGUGGAGGGGGAAUCAAGGGAAGUCAGUAUCCUCGAGAUGCUUCAACCUCUGCAGUAAGAGCUCCCCUCGGUGGUGGUUUUUUGUUACAACGCACAAUCAAUUUAGAUCUCCUAAAUGGAAUGACAUGGUUUUAAUUGAAGGCUGGAUGAUUCAUAUGCAGCAAAACAAAUGACAUAUUUUAAGUGUUCAUGUCUUAAUUUCCUUCCAGUGUUUCCAGAGUUUUCUUUCAAUCAUCAAGCGACACUUAAAUAAUCAGGAUUCUUUCAGAAAUCAAAGACACAAUCGGUGAAUAAUCAAUAAUCAGAUCUCCCGUCUUGUCUGUUUCUCUGGAUCUGUGCUCAGGCAGGUUUCCCCGAGUAUCAGAGGGAGCUUAUAUGUGAAGAAACGUUGGGACAGUGCAGCUGUGAAAACGGAGUCAGCCUUAACUCUGUUGGCACCAAGUGAGUGUUGAGGUCGGAGCAGACUCUGGCUCGCCCCGCUGUGUUUUGUCUGAAUGCUCCCAGCUGCGUCAUGUGUCUGUUUGCAGGUGGUUCUCCUCAUUAGAUCAGCGCAAAGACUUUGCAUCUGCAGUUCUCGGGCCAUGUCUCUGUUUGUCAUGGUUACAUUAUUGUUGUUGUUGUUGUGGUAAUGCAGUUAAAAGCUUGGAUUGAUUUCCGUUUCAGUCUGCUUUGUUUGAGGCCACAGAUCAGAUCAAUGCCUCGCAGCCGGACUUAUUGUCUUAAUGCAAAUUUCAUUUUUUGUUUGUCUUGGAGCUUGAUUUUCUCGACAAUAUAAGUAGUAAACGUUGUGCUGUUCAGGAGUUGAUCCCCAAAUCUCACACAUCAAAGCUUCUGGUCUGUUCUUCUUGAAAUAUUGCUGCUUUCACUCCCACCGGAGCUGUAGCUAAAACAACCUCUUACCAGGUCCCACUCGCUGCAGGCGUUGAACUUUAGCCAGAGCAUUUUACGGGUGUGUGUGGGUGUCUGUGGGUUCAGGGGCUUUUGGACUGGACUUCGCCACUGACUUCACCUCCGUCAGGUGGAAGGUGGAGGAAGGGAAAAGGAUGAUGUUGAGAAAAUAACAAGAUGCCUUCUGCUGUGACAAUUGUAAUAUGAAUUUAUUAACCUGUAUUACCGAGAUUCAUUUAAUAGAUUAUUUCUGAAAUAUGGCUUUUUAGGGCUCUGGAUUAUAUCAUGUUUAUAUUGUUUGUUUGUUUUUGCUGUCUUUGCUUUUUGUUUUCUUGAAAUGCUGUAGCAACCGUGGCACACAGAGAUUACAUUUAGAGCAGAUUUAUUAAUAUAGCGAUAAUCAUGAUGAUAACAAAGUCAUUAUUUUAGGGAAGCGUGUGACGUAAUCGUGUGUGUGUGUGUGUGUGUGUGUGUGUGUGUGUGAGUGUGUGUGCUUGCGUGUGUGCGUGCUUCGUGUGUCUCUGCGUCAACUUCAGAACUGAAACAAGGCUCUGUCUUUUUGUCUCUUACAACUUCUCAGGAAAAUCUACCUCUGCCUCCAGUUUGAUGCAUUUAACCCAGUGAGGGCUCCAGUUACAGUGUAGUGGGUACACGAUGAGGGCGCGAGGGUCGACGCCAGGGUCCGAAAUGAACUGUAACAUGGAUUGGGGGGAAAAAAACUCUGGUGUAUUUAUAAUGUUACAUUGGCUGAAUAUGAAUAUCUAAAUAUCCUCAGUGGAUAUUUGUUUCACCCUGGUUGGUGAAUAAAAGGCUCAUUUUGGACCCUGAGGUGUUUUCCUCUGUCCCUCUCCUUCUCUCUGUGUUACAGGUUCUUAACACUUCUGCUGUUCCGUUUAAUUAAGCACCAACAACAGGGAACCUCCAGCUCAACAGCUAAAUACUACUAGUGCUGCAACAAGUACUGCUUCUAGUACCACUGUUAGUACUGCAAGUCAUUUCUCAGUCUGUUAAUGUGUGUUUAUUCCUCCUUUUUCUAUAAAUGAUUACUUUUAUUUUAUUUUCUUUGAUGAAUGGGAUGUGUCCCGGUAACCAUGGUAACAGUGAAGUGGCGACGGGCAAUGCAACUGUUUUGUUUUUGUUUUAUUCUUUUGUUUCUUUCUGAUUUUUUGAAGGGUGAAGAGCUAUUCUUCUACACAUAUAUUUACUCAAUAUGUGUUUGUGUGAAUACUUUUAUUUUGAAUCUGAUAUUAAUAAAAUAUCACCUUUCUUAAAUGUCA